CAGUCAGUAACAUAUGCAAAUCUUUAGAGAAUUUAAAUGAUUAUUGUUAAACAAAAAUGUCGAACGAAACGAAGCGAGUUUACGAUGCUCGCUCCAAAUAUCCCGAUCGUGGAAAAGUCACGGAAAAUUCGUUUAGCCCAUUGAGUGUUGUUAUAAAAAAUCUGGAGACAUCCCUCUUGCUGCUUGCCUCUAAGGAGGAGCCCGUCCUUCAAGUUGUGCUCAGUCAUUUGUCGGAGUUUGCCCGCAAACAGGAUGAAAAUAUAUUGGAGCUAAAGCAACAACUACUGCUGGAGAGCCUAGUUGAUAAGGAACUGUUUAUCGAUGCGGAGAGUGUUAUAGUGCGACGCUUUGCCUUAUUCCUUAUCACUGCCAUCUUGGACAACACGGAACUGGGGGAAUACGAUACAGAAAAGACGACAGCGCUGCUCGACGUGGCGUUUAGAUUCUAUUUAAAGGAGAACGAUGAGUUCUGCAUAGAAUAUCUGACCUAUAUAGUAAACUUGUGUCUUCGUGAUCCGAAGGUCGCACAGAGUAUAAUUGAGAAUAUUGAGUUCCUGGAAAAGUUUAAGAACAUAUUCAUUAGCUCGGAUAAUCCCGAUACGGUUUUCAAUUCCAUUGAGGCAUUGCAUAAGAUUCUACAGGUUCAAAGCGCAGAGGAGAUGCUGGAGUUCACCACACUGCCGGGAUUCCCGGUCGAUCGCAUUGUCUGCGAGCUGACCAACGAGUUCCUCGAGAUCCGUUUGGCUGCCAUCAAGGUGCUGAAGACGCUGCUGGCCGAUACCAGCGACGACAGUGUCUUCGAGCCGCUUCAUCGCUGUUUCUUCGUGCUCCAGCAGCUGGUGAAGGCCUUUUGCCUAGAUCCCAAGGCACCAGACGCCCUUGGGAUCAUCGAGGUGCUGGCUACGGCUUUGCGCUCAGAGAAAAUGACUAAGCUCUUCUUUGAGCAGAAUCUCUUCGACCAGAUGGUGGAGAAUCUAAAGGAGAUUAUGGACAAUCUGCCACCUGAAGUCGUCUGCGCCAUCAUCUCCAUAUUCGCCGAGGCGGCCAAGUAUCAAAAAUAUCUGCCACGCAUCCAUAAGGCAAACAUUACGGACAUGUUCAUCAAGUGCCUGAUGAAGAGCAAACAGGAGCCAGCUCCAUUUGUUAUCAUGGGAAUCAUUCGCCUGAUCGCCCAUCCGGAGGCAUUGCGCGCCUUUGUUGCCGAGUAUGAGAAUGGAGCUCUGUCCCGUCUCAUUAGCCUGUUUCGUGCACCUGAUGUGUCCAUCAAGACACGCGAACAGUCAGCCGAGUUGAUUGGAAGUCUAUUGGUUAACUCCUUCCGUGUUACAGCUGAGCAGUUAAUGGAACUCAACAUCGCGGAGUCCUUGACAAUUACUCUGAAGCAGGGGCUGGCGGAGCUAUCGAUCGAUCUAAUUCUAUCGCUGCUGUCGAUUAUCGAGAGUUUAGCUGACAAUGAUGAGUACCGCACGAUUAUUGGCGAAAAUACAGCACUCACUGAACAAAUUGCCCAGCUACUUAUGCGCUCGUAUGCUCAUUCAAUAUUGGUCCACAACAUAUUUCGCUGCCUUUGCACUAUUAUUGACGAGCAACCUGUUCGAGAGGUUCUGCUCGAAAAUUACAUCAUUUCCUCAAUGAAGCGCGCUCUGAAAUCCCUCUCCAAUCUGGUGAAGACAGCUGUGACCAAUUUCAUACUGCAGACAACACGUUUCAAUGAGUUCGUCGAUGCCUACAUCGAUCGAGGAAUUCUGGAGGUAUUGAUGCUCUUCCAGAAGCACGCGUUCUGUGUGUCCACUUGGGGUCCGGCCAUUGAGAGCAUUCUAUCCAAGUGCCCAACCAUGAAGUUCUGCAUUCGCAAUUACUUGGGCUUUACGGACAUUACGGCUGGCAAGGAUUUCUAUGUGUCGAAGCGUAAGUUUGAAGAUUUCCGUUGCUUUCAAAACAUUUUGCGACACGAUUGCUCGCCUCUGGAGGCGGUGCUGGURGUCAAUUUCGACCGACCGACCGCACUUGAGGAGGACGUUGUCUGUGUGCCCACCUACUGCCUGCACGAUGUCGACAAUGCGGGCGAUCAGAAAUGGGUAUAUUGCAAGCGGCCAGCUGAUGACAAGCUGCCGGAGUACCUCGAAGCACUCAACGAGACCUUGGCCUUGAAUGGCCUUGUAGAGAAUCCGGACAAGAUCAGACGCAGCAUCGACUUCGAGAAUGUGGCCAAGCGCAGCAAGAUUAUUGCCGAAGCCGUGAAUAGCGUCAUGGGCGAGGACAUCAAGAUCUUGGAUAUAAAUACAACGGAAGAGUGCUCCCGCCACACGGUGCGCUGUCAUCUGGAGCAUCUUCGUCUGACUUACCACACCAAUUUCAUACCGAUCGGCGCUGUGCACAGCGGCUGCCAGUUCGAGCGUGCCAUCCUCUUCAAGUGCUUUGCAGAUCAAAUCGGCCUGCCCUGCACCCUGCAGCGCAGCGUCGAUGGCCGCAUGCUCUACAACGAGGUGCCGCUGCCCCUGGAGGUCGACAAGGAUAUCCACUGUGACCAGAAGACUCUCAAAUUUAUGCCCUGGCGCAUGCUGCGUCCCACGCACAUCGUUGAUCUCAUGUACAACAUAGGCGAGCUCUAUCCCAUGCAAAGUCGCCAGGCCCUGCAAUAUUUGCGUCUCUAUUGAGGCCCGAAUGUUUUACAGAUUUCAUUGUUUAUUGAUUUGUCCAAAUUUUUAAUGUUAGCCCAAUAAUAAUCAGA